AUGAGGCACCGACUGUCCGCGCUGGCCUCGCUCCCACGCACCACAACGUUCCCGGCCGCUCGAUGUGCGCCUCUGUUCACACGCAACCCUCCCAGCAUAUCGAUUAAACUCCGGACACCCUCACAGUUUCGAUGCUUCGCGACUAAGCCCAGAGGAGUUGACAAGGAGAGUGACAAGUUCGGGGAUUACAACAACUCCAACGCCCGACCAGCUUCAAAACUUAAUGAGAACAUCACACAGGAAGAGAAGGAUCAUUUUGCAAAGAAACUGCAAGAAGAUAAGGGAAAACAAAUACGAACACCAUGGCACAGGGAGGGAAGCGAUUUGCCGCCCGUCGCGCGUCAGAGGAGCGCUGGAGCAAUGACGAAGGGCAAACUGCUCACCACACCAUCUCGGAUGCUCAAGAUUAUCCUGCCACUCACGACAAGCGAUAUGAACACGGACCGCAAAGACGUCGAACCGCUAGCACUCCUCGUUCACCCACAGCAACCCAUCUCUUACCUCGAACGCUUAAUACAAGCCGAGCUCCCUACCAUCAAAGACAAAGAGGGCCGUGAAAGACAGCCGAAUGUUUAUUUCCGCGCCGAAGACUCCAUGCAGGCGGAUGCUGAGCCUGAGGAAGUAGAGAGCACACCAGUCAGCAAUGAUAGCGAAAGUCUUCAUGAGAAAGAUGGCGAAGAGGACUUUGAACAGGUCGACGAGAUUCGCAUUGACGGAAAGACGCAAAAAACAGGGAAGCUGAACAGUCAGGAUCGGAAGACACCCGAACAAGCGGAUGAGCUGCGAGGUGGGCCUGGAAGGGGCGGCGUAGAGUCGUACUCUGGACAGGGCCAAGAAGCGCCAACAGACAAACAAGGCGCGCGCAAGUUUGUGCGAUGGUCUUCUUCCACCGAGAUCGGCGACUUCAUCCGUGAUGCCGCUCGAGGACAGGAGUUUGCCAUUGAGAUUGAAGGCGCGCCGGAGGAGAUUCGAGUUGGUGUGCCCAGCUUCAACGACAGGACCUACUAUCUGCGAAUGCGUCUGCGCAAAACGUCCAAGAAGAUCAGCGAGAUGGCGACCGUGAAGAAGAUGUGCGAUGAUUUGGCGCAGAAGGCGGCAAAGAAUGUUGCAAGGGCUGGAUUUGUCGGCAUCGCUGGAUGGUGGUGCGUUGUGUAUUAUCUCACCUUCCAGACUGAGUUGGGUUGGGACGUCAUGGAGCCCGUUACAUACCUUGUCGGUCUAUCUACCCUUAUCGGUGGUUAUGUGUGGUUCCUCUACCACAACCGCGAAGUCAGCUACCGCUCUGCUAUGAACUUUACUGUGUCUCGUCGACAGCAGAAGCUAUACCAGCAACACAACUUCGAUUUGCGCAAAUGGGAGGUCCUGAUUGAGGACGGAAACGCCCUCCGUAAGGAGAUCAAGGCUGUUGCCAACGAGUACGACGUCGAGUGGGACGAGCUGCAGGAAGAGAAGGACGAGAACGUGCAGCAGGCACUGAAGAAAGAGCGUAAGAGGAAAGAGGAGAAGCGAAAGGACAAGGACGACGAAGAUGACCCAGCACCGGAGCCAAAGAAGGACGAUAAGAAGUGA